GCACAUGUUGUAAGGACGAGUUUGUUUAUGUUGAGUCUACUCCCGCCUCCGCCUCCUUCCUUAACAUAUUUAUUCUCACACCGCCCACAUCUCCCUGGCUAUCAUGUAAGGCCUACCAAUUCACGCUAUUUCACCUGGCAAUAAGGAUCUGAGAGUGAGAGUGUUGUUGAAAAGGAACAACAGUAAGCCCCAGCUAUGAAUUCCUUCAAGAGUUUCAUGAACAAAGUGGGUGAGCGGGUGAGGGAGGCUGGGCCGCAGCUGCCAUCACAGUCAGCCGGCAAUGGGGAAGGGCCAGAUGGGGCCCCUGGAGGUGCAGUGGAGGGUUUCCUGUGCCCCACCUGCUUCCUCAGCUUCCCCACACCUGAGCUGCUGCAGGACCAUUAUGAGGCGGAGCACAUUGAACCUGCUGCCAACUACUUGUGUCCCGUGUGUAAGGCAAGACUCAACUCACAGCAGGAACUGGAGAAGCACUACAGCACCAUCCACAGCAUGAAAGAUACAAGUGGCCACAGUCUGGAGGCGCUGCGGGAGGAGCUGACAGAACUCUCCACCAAUCUGCGGGAGGAGCGGUGGUACUCAGAGGAGCUCAAGAAGGAGGUGGAGCGGCUGCAGGAUGCCUUUAAGAAGAAAGAUGGAGGAGAGGACAACUUUGUGCAUAAAUCUCAGCUAGAGGCCGUGGAGGAAUCCAAGAAACUGCUCACCUCAGAGGUUGUGCUGCUCAGGAAACAGCUUGCUGAGUCCAUCGAGGGCAAUGGCAGCCUACGGCAAGAGAAGGAUGUCCUGGAGACACGAGCCUCUGAGUUUGCUGUGGAGAGAGCUGAGCUGCGGGCCACCCUAGACACUCUGCAGGCAGAGAAGGUUGGGCUGGAGUCAGAGCUGCAUGAGAUCAGGUCAACUCGGGCUAACCAGGAGAAUCAGGACCAAUCAGAGAGUCACUACCUACAGCAGGAGGUUAGCCGGCUACAGGACCAGCUGGCUAGUAAAGAGAAGGAGAGCACCUCUAUCCUCAUAAUGGAGGACAGGUUUCGCCAGGACCUCCACGGACUGCGGGAGAAGCUGAUCGAGAGGGAGAUUGAGGCCAGCAGCUUCCAGGCUCGGGAGACAACUCUGCACAGUGACCUCAAGGCCAAGUCUGAGCUGGCAGCCUCGCUCAAAGAGGAGAUCCGCAACUUGAAGGAUGAGGUUGACAUCAUGAAAAAGAAACUCCAGGGCAAGGAUGAGGAGAUGUUGCAGAUCCAGAGCCACUUGGAGGACCGGGAGGCAGCUCUGUCAGGAACCACUCAGCAGACAGAAGAGCUGAAGGCCAAGUGUGCCAACUACAUGGAGAGCAUUCAGGCCAUGGAGGAACAGGUGUCUGAACUGAGUCUUAAAUACACAGCCACACAGUCAGAGCUGGAGGUGCUUAAGGAACAGGUGCCCUUGCUGCAGACCAAGCUGAAGAAUGGAGAUGAUCACAAGAACCAGCUGACCAGAGAGUUGAGUGAGAAGGCUGGUGAGUUGGAGAGUCUGCGUGAGAAGAUCAACGAUGCCUCAAAGGAGGAGAGUGAGGUGUUGCAGAAGAAGAGUGAACAAGUGGAGGAGCUGAGGAAGACCUUGAGGGAAGCAGAGCAUGCCAGGAGCACAGCAGAGAGUGGCCUUGCUUCAAAGAAUGAAACCAUUGAGCAGCUGAACAACAAACUCACCAACAGUGGCAAUUCUCUUAAAGACCUCACCUCCAAGACUGCCUCCUUGGAGUCUGCCCUGAGGGAACGGGAGAAGACCGUGGAGAGCCUAAAGCAGCAACUCAAGGAGAUUGACACCCUUAAAGCAGACCUUGCUCGGGAGAAGGCCCAAGUGAAGGACAGGGACACAGAGAUUCACAAUUUGAAGAGCAAGAUGUCUGAGAUAGAAGCCAAGAAGAGUGAGGUUGAAAGCACACUGCAGGAUACCAAAGAAAGUUUGGGCAGCGUCAGCAUGUCCCAUGAAGCGCUGAAGACUGAGUUAGAGGCGAUGAAAGACUCCCUCAAGAAGAAGUCCCACAGCAAUGAUGAACUGCAGACCAAGCUCAAGCUGGAAACAAGUGAGAAGGAGAGUCUGAAAGGAAAGAUCUCUGCCUCACUCCUUGCAGAACAGAGUGCAAAGGAUGAAGUGGAAAAGUUGCAGUCCCAGAACAUCACCUUGGAAACGGAACUCAAAGCCAGCCAAGCCAAGAAUGCCAGUUAUGACACAGAGCUGAAGUGUCUUGCUGCAAAGAAGAGUCAGCUGCAGGAGAGUGUGAGUGCCUUGGAGGCUGCCAAGACCCAGCUGGAGGCCACCACUAAGGAACACGAGGCUAGAAAUUCUCAGGAGUUGGCGGCACUAAAGGGAAAGUGUGAGGCAAUGGAAAAGGAGCAGGAAGACUUGGCAGUACAGGUGGCUUCCCUCAUCUCAGAGAAAGAGGCCAUUGUGAAGUCCAAGGAAUUGAUGGCACAUGAACUUAAGACUACUAAGGGAGACUUGCAGGAAUCAAAAGUGAGGUGCAAGGAAUUGGAAGGUCAGAUCGAUGACUUCAUGCGGGACACUUUUACCCUCACCCAGGAGAAGGCCAAGCUGGAGGAAGACAUGAAGGGACUCCAGGACAAGGUAAUGCUAUACCACACCUCACUGUACACAACCAAGUCAUCAGUCACAACACAGCUCAGUGCAAAUACACCUAGACCUACCAAGCCAUCUAAUAUUAUCUUCCAGAUUUCUAACUUGACCAGGCAGCUUGAGGUCCAGCAAGAAAAGGUUGGGGAGACUGAGGGGCGGAUAGCUUCUCUAGAAGCAGAGGUGGCAGGGCUGGCUGGUGAUAAGCUGGAGCUUGAGGUACGAGUGGAGGCAGCAGCUGAGGAGCAGCACAGCCUGGUAGAACGAUGUGUGGCUGCUGAAUCUGAGGUAGAGCGGCUGCAGGGACAGCUGACGCAGCUGAGGCGAAAGCUGGAUGACUCCACAGCAGCCUUGCACGAACUGGGCCGAGAGAAUCAAAACUUGCAGAUGGAGACAAUGAAGUUAGCUGGACGCAAAUGGGCUGAUGACUCUGAGGUGCUGAAUUGCAAUACGUGUGCCAAAGCGUUCUCCGUGACUGUGAGGCGCCACCACUGCCGGAACUGUGGACAGAUAUUCUGCCACGACUGCUCUAGCAAGCAGGCUCCACUCGAGGCCAACAAGAAGUCCGUCAGGGUCUGUGAUAGCUGCUACAAUGAGCUGACGGCUAAGUUGUAGAGUCUGCUGUAUAUAUGUAUGUCAGUUGCUCUUUUUGUUGAGUGUUGGUGUUACUGGAUUGUGUUACGAGUGGUGGAAACAACAAUAGCUCUUACGUCUAGAUUAUACAAGUUUGGUAAUUUUUUUAUCUGCUGAUUUUUAUAAUUUACUGUAAGAAUUAGAUAGUUCAACAGGGACACAAGGGACAAAACUUAAACACAUUUCUAGGAUUCUAGGAUUGAAAUUUACCGUACAGUCAUUAACACUUCAGGCUUAUAUCCAGAAGCCACAGGGUGUCGAAGGUUCUUCUCCCUGGACUGUUCUCGUGGCACCUCUAAUCCUUUGCAGCAGAUCUGACUCCAUCUUCUUGUAAUGUGUUGUAAUUCUGUUCUGUAUAUGUCACAAGUCAUAAGUCAGUCAUGAUAAUGGGCUGAUCACAAGUUGCUUUUUUUGGGGAUGCGAGUUUGCUGGUCUUGGAAUGAAGUGACAGCAUUUCUACCACAGCCACACAGCAUACUGCUUACCACUACUGAAACUUUUGGUGUAUUGUGCAGGUAAAGAGUGAUUUACAUAAAAGAUACAUUCUUUAAAAAUUCAUUCAUAAAUACAAAUUCUGCAUUUGUAAAUUGGACCAAGAAAUGGAAUUAUUUUAGAAACUUAAAUUUGUUGAUUGAAUGUUGGUAAAUCGUGACUCACUCGUACAUGCCAUUCAGCUCCCCAUACUUAAUCGACUUAUCUGUGAAGGAGCUCAUGGCAGCCUCACUUCACUGUAGAGCUUCCUAUCCCCAGCCUGCACUGCCUUCCAUUGUGCUGCGUUGGUGCCAGUGAAAUAUGAACUCCAACUUAAUUCUUUAUUGCAAAAAUAUGCUUUUCCUAUAUACACUGAUUCACAAAAAGGAGUUCUUAUUUGUAUGAUGACUGAGUGUCCAAGUGUGAAAAUAUGUUCACUUUAAAUAAUGUAUUAACUAAUUGUGCGUCAUUAGUAUUUUUUUGAGAUGAAUGACUAGAUGAAAUUUGGUUAUCUUUGGCCUGCGUCAAGCUUUGUUUUUUGGCAGUGUCUGCUGCCUGGUUUGGUUCACUUGGUCACUCAGGUUUACAAAGCUACUUUACCUGUAAAACUGCCACUAAUCUUGCCAGUGCUAAUUUAAUGCUUCAAUUAUACUACAAUUCUUCUUCAUUCCAUCACUCUACCACAUAUUGUUAGUGAGGUUAUUUUUUUGCUAGCCUUUUUUUUAUUUUAAUUACACAAAGUUUUCUGUGCAAGAAUGUGGAAGGCUUUCCCUGAAAUAUUCAGAUAAUAAGCCAUAGCACAUUUCUUUACAAUUAAUUAAGGGCACACUGUGUGUGCACUUCCUUUCAAUCUUCAGUGUAUAGAGUUUUGUUAUCAGGUGAGGCUGGUUAAGGAGGCAAUCAGUGAGAAAAGACUGAUGUGCCGAAGUCAGCACUUAACACAUUGUCAUUGGGAGUGACAAAGAUAGGACUUGUUUUUGUUUUCUCUGGGUCUUACUCAUUCUUUUCUAGAGCUAUAACUAAGACAAACACUACAUUAGGAAUGUACAAUCAUCUAUAAUCUUAAAUUAGUACACAAAAUUACCAUCAAAAUUAAAUCACAAUGACUACAAUGGUUUUGGAUGUUAAACUCAACACUAGUAUCAACUGAAGACCUGCAUCACUCCCUCACGUUCCAAAUAGUGUGUGUGUUGAGUCAUUGUCUAAGAGAUAAGUAUCAUGCCCUGCAUAAUGCCCACUUGGGAUACAUCAGUGUUUUUUUUUUUAGUUAAAUACAAUUGAAAUUUAUUUUUAAGCUGGAGCCAUUUAAUGAUAUUCACAUUUUGCAAGACCUUGCUGUCUCUCUUUGCUAACUAAUCCUGCACAUACCACAUGUAUGCUGCAGUCUCAUUUUUAUAUCACAUAAGCAAACUUCAGCCUUUGUACAUAAACAUAAUAAACAACAAUAUGGCAACAGUUAUGGCAUAGGGAAUAUUUUAGUAUUGCAAAUGGAAUAGUUCAUCAUGCCUGGCUCACUCCAUACAUUCAUGCUCUUCAAACCCACAAGAUCAAUGAUUAAAUUUAUAAAUGACAACUCUAUACACCAGCACAUUUUGAAGGCUUUGCAUCAUUCUACUUAUAACUGCACCACACACGGCUACUUGGAUCAUGAGUGGCAGAAUCCCAAGUAGCUCACACCAACAACAGCAAGUCCAUACCCUGCUGGAUGAUUUUGAGUGCUGGUACUACAGGUGCUGAGAGAAAACACUUAAAAAAAAUUAACAUCAACUUAUUAUCAAACACUUUCUCUUAUGUGUCAGUUGCCGGUGUGAUGUCAAUAUCCACUUAAUCUAACAGUUCCCCUUGGCGAUAAGACAGACUGUGGUCAAUUGGUUCUGACUGACUAGAUCCCAACCCUUCCCUCAAAUAAUUUGUUUGCCCAACCCACCUGAGUCUACAAGAUACUACAAGACAGACAAAAGGACUACAGAGGACAUUCACUGUACUGGAAUGGAUGCACUGUCAGAUCGUCACGAGUCACCAGGGUUCUGUGACUUGCCUCCACUGCUCCAUCAACAGGGACGGGAUGUAGCGUUGCAGGUUGCUGGAACACAAAAAGUCAACAAUGCAAUACUGUUCACAUAAUUAGUAUACUGUUGUUCCUUGUUAGUCAGUGUACAGGGGAUCCUCAAGUUACCUCCAAGAUCUGUUCCCACGCCACAUUGUAAGAAGUCACAUAAAUAAAAGAUAAUUAAAUAAAACUAACAAAAAAAUCUAGGGGAAUGUACAGAGAUAAGCACUGCCAACGUCAUACCAUAAAAUGGUGGAAGUUAGACCAUCAUAAACUGAGGAUUCCCUUUACAUGGGAAGUGACAGUGAUUCCUCUGUAAUCAUCUGGCAGCAAAGUGACAUGGUACACAAGGCAUUAAGGGAGAAAAAAUGAAGUGUGUAGUCUGUUAAUAUUAUAUAUGAAAAGAAAAUCUGUGAGUAACAUACAUAUUUCAUUUUAUCAACAGCCAAUGACACUAAACAGAAGCUAAAUACCAUGUUUCAGAUAUAUUGAAGAAAAUGCUACUCCUGUGCUUCAUAUCCAUGUUUUGAGUCCUGAGCAGAGCUGUGUGCAGUAUAUAUUUUAAAAUUCUUUGUGCUAUGCCUGCCACUGCCGCUUGUGUUGACAAAGUGUUGCUCUUCUGCCUGCCAUGUAUAUAUAAUAAUUGCUUUAUAUCUUUAAGCAAUUUUUUUUUUCUCUUCUUGACUGUACUGGCUUUAAAUAAUAUUACUUGUACAUACAGCAUUACCUCAACUUUUUCCAAUGAGCUAAGUGGGGCAAUAAUGGUAACAAAUCCACAUUGCCAAUGCUCUGAAUACCCAUUGUGAAGUUUGGGAUGAAUUAUUGCAAAUGUACCCAGAUUAUUGAGGACAGACAGACAGCUCUCCCUCACCACAGCAGCCUCAUCUUGUUAGUGUUUACCAAAGUUUAUUGUUAAACUCACUAGAGACACUUAACAGCCAUUCUUCCCUCAAUAUUUACCUGAUUUGAUUGAAUGAGCAUUUAAUUUACUAAGUAAAGUAGGCACUUGUAACAGUAGUGAGUGCCACAUAAUCUCAUUGCUGCAGUGUCCUAACUCAGUUUACAAUUUUGCUUCCUGACCUGACCUAACCUUGGUGGUCACAGUGUCACCCACAACUGUCCUCUUUUUCUCUUCCUAAUCUCCUUCAUCAACCUUUUCACAAAUCUGAGGCUUGUGUGGUAAUGAACAGUAUUGUCUGAUCUUUGCCUCUAUCACCUUACAUCCUCAACAUUACAAAACUAAUAACUUCCCAAAUUCAUUAGCUUUUUUAUGGCUAAUGAUAUGAUCUCAUCAGCACAGAGACAAUGAGGUAAUACUGUAAUAACUUUUCUAUCUAUAAGUAUUUUGUAAAUAUGUCAAAUGAGACCAAAUACAGCAUGUCACUAUUGUAUGAAGAAUAGCUAAUGCAGCAAGUUGAAAUCAUCUAUUACAGUUUAUUUUUUUAGCUGACUAUGAUGUGUUGUGAGGAAUAUUGAGUCUGAGAAGCAGAGGUAGCUCCUUGCUAGGCGGAUGAGAGAACCACUGCAUUGUUCUCUGACCUUCCUGAAGUAAACAUGGAACAGUGGCACAGGUUAAAUUUGCAGUAACAGGAUUUUGCACAAAUACCUUCAAAUGGGAUCAGGAAUUCCUGCAGAGUACAUGGUUAUAGUGUAAUGAUAAAUAUGUUGAAUCAUUAGCUGAUUAAUCUGCCACACUUGCCUUCACUGUACUUCGUUUUCUCUCAAUCGAAAGUUCUCUGAUCUACUCACCUUACUGCUUGAUUGUAAGCAAAUCUAGAUAUUUCUGACAUGUAAGAUGCAGAACAGGAAAUGAGUGUGGCACAGUAAUCAACUAGUGACUGUGACUAAAUGGUAAGGAACCAAUGAUGUGAUACCUGUAAAUGAAGCCGCUAACCAUCACACCUGUCUGUUGGCCUUAACAAACCCUCAUCCGAUCCACCUUCGACUCACACUGCACUAUUGAAGGUGACUCAUGUGAAGAAGCUCUAUCUUUUACUCACUGCUUGUGUUGUUGCUUGACUUCAAGUCCAAACCCGAUACUAAUAAUUACCAAAUAUCGUGCCCAAAAAGUUUUAAUUCUUCAAAGCUGUGUGUGGGAUGCAUGAUUCAAUACAGUGUGCACUAAGCUGUAUUCAUUCAGAUUUAUGCUAAUGAGAAAAGAAAAUAUUAUAACAACUCCCAUAAAGUUCUCAUGAUACAGUUUUAUUGUUAAUUAUGUGCUUACUAUCAUCACAUUUGUAAUUUAAAGAAAUGUUUAAAUUUGAUCCAAGAAGAUAAUUUUAAAAUCUUCCUUCCUUUUGCCAAGGUUGGUCUGCUUCUCUCAAUUCUCAGAUGCUGGCCUUCCCCACCCACCACCAUCUUUGAAUCUUCAAAAUCCUCUCAAGUCAUACUCGUGUGCUGCAGCAUUUUGAUGCAUCACAAAAUGAAAUACAUAUGUUCAAAUUAGUAUGUAUCUGAAGGCAAAUAUUUUUAAUGCAAAUCUUUUUUCCUUAAUUAUUUUUGAUGAAUGAAUUAGGUAAACUUUAUACUCAGCUAUGAUUUAAGACAGGUUCACACAUGUCAAUAUGCAACUGAAAUUGCAAGUUGGUAGUUUCUGACUGAAUAUCAGUACCUAGUGAUUGUAAAAACCAGUUGCAAAACAAGACUAACAUGUUGGUCUUGUUCAAAAUCUUGUGACAUCACAGAGAAAGGUUUGAAAAUGUGGUGUUGAUGUAGAGAAGAAUUUAAAGUUGGUGAGGGAAAAAGAGCACAUCUGGGACUCCUAAAAGUGAAUUCUACAGUAAAAAAAAAAAAUAAAAUAAAAUAAAAAAAUAAAUAAAUAAAUAAAAAAGGGCUAGGGCAAAUCAGCGUUUGAUGAGAUAGCUGCCACUCUCCAAUGACUGCUUCCCUCUAUGGAGAGUGUUGUUGGAGGUGAGGACUGAAUACUCGUGAUGAUUUAAUUCAAUUGCAAUCGUCAUUGUCACCUGAGGAAGACGUCUUGCUGGAUAGCUGUUUGUUUACAUUCACUUCCCGCCAACCAUCUAAUACUUCCAAGUCACUAUGUGUGAAUGUGUUCCAACUACAAGGGCUCAGUUGAUACUUUUAGCUAUUUGCAAUUUCAGUCACAUAUUGACAUGCGCCUUUAGUUAUCUUCUUAAAGCUGUAUUUUAUGGUAAGUGAAAGAUAUUAGUUUUUAUAGGCAAUGUUUACAGAAGGGGACUUUAUUACUUCUGUACAUUAAUUUCAGGUACCUUUACCUGUAUACCUUCUGAUAUUGAGAAAGUUUUGUGCUACAUAUAUUUUUCUGUGAUUCCACACCAAGGACAAUGAUAAUGAUAAAUAGAAAGUGUGAAAGAGGGGACAAUCAUAUUGGUUUUAAUGUGAAAAUUUAAAAUGUGAUUUUGUUAACCAUAAGUGGUAAAUAAAUUAUAAUUUAUC